AUGGAGGUCGAUGGACGCGCUUCUGGAGAGUUCUGGCUUGGUCUGGAGAGUCUGUUCCACCUGACCCAGAGUAAAAAACAGGAGCUGCUGGUCGACAUGGAGGAUUUUGAGGGAAACAAAGCGUUUGCUCGUUACUCCUCGUUCUCCAUUAGCCCCGAGUCCGACGGCUACAGACUUAGCGUGUCUGGAUACAUCGAUGGAGGCGCUGGAGACACCUUGAGUCGUCACGAUGGACAAGGAUUCGCUACCUUUGACAGAUACAAGCACACCUCAACCGAAAACUGCGCCAAGAGUUUCCUGGGAGCGUUCUGGUACUGGAGGUGCUACUACCCCAACCCCAACGGCGUCUACCUGUGGCCAACCGAAGGGGCGCAGCAGGAUUUCGGAGUGACGUGGUUCAACUGGAAGAACAGCAACUACUCCCUGAAGGCCAUCAGCAUGAAGAUCCGCCCUGCGCAGUAGUGCCACCAAACAUCACUCACAGAUUUAAACGUGAACCUU